AUGGCUGAACUAAUUCCUUUCGACGAUGUUCAUGAUGAAGGAUUGAUCUUUGAGAUCAACAUUCUCAAAGAUACAUAUGAAACAACACGAGAAACUCUUCUCACCCAAGUCCAAGAUGCCACUUUCGUUGACAUCGUCCUCGGGGAAUACGGAAUUACGCCUGAUCUAUCGAGUCAAGAGUUGAUAGACAGAACAUGUGAAUGGAAUCGGCUAUUCAAAUACGAUUUCGACCAGCGCUCCCAAUUACCAAAUAUCCUACAAGGUAAAGUGUAUUAUGGACCGGACUUUUUGUAUCUUUUCAUGAGCCUCGAUAAUAAGCCCGAGGACUCUGAGCGCAAGAUGUCCCGCGAUCUAGCCUCUGCCUGGAUAUUGUUUGCCUGGGGCCAGAAUUCAUGGCCGAGUGGGUCGGGGCAUACUGGUGUCUGGAAGAUAUGGGGGCUGGACUCUGGUGAAAAAGUGGAGACUGAAGAGGAAGGCGAGAAGAUAAGAUCCUACUCUAGAUUUAAUCGACUGCUACAAUUAGGGUCUGGAGGGUUGUGGCAGAAAUACAGGACAGGUUUGUCAUAUUUGCUUAUGAAACGGGGCAAUCUGGGGAAAUUCAUCGCUGACACUCAGGAUCAUGAUAACCCUGCGGAGUGA